AUGUCUGCCCCAGUUGUCGACUACGACCAUUGGUUCAAAGACCAAGAAUAUGGCCCAGGAUGCUAUCCCAAUCUCGAUGCUCUGAUCUUCCUGAGACAGGCGGACCAAUUAUUGUACCUUCAAAAUGAGCGAUGUGAGUAGAGCUUUUAUUUCAGCAUAUGACACAUCUAAGAUAAAACGCUAAUUAAUUUAUUUCACAGUCCAAGCAGAAACAAUGCGUGUUCAUGAAACUGUUGCGCCAACUACAGCAACAGCUUACGACAUCACGAUUCUUAGUCGUCGAGUCCCUGGUUACUGGAGGAUGAUUUUAAGUGUUGCAAAAGCGGAUCGUGCUUGGAAUGAUUGGUAUGGAGACAUUAAUACUCCUCACUCUUUACUGGGUCGUUGGAGUCGAAGCAAGAGGAUUCUUAAGGAUCUCGUGAUUAAGAAUCAGCGUGCUGCAGAUCUGGCUGCAGCUGAGGAAGAGAAUCAGGAAGAGAAUGGUGAUAACCAUGGAGGAGAUGAUGAGGACCAAAGUGAUGACGAGGGGGAAGAAAAUGGCGACGAGGACGAAGAAGAAACUAAUGACUAA